UGCUACUGUAUACCAUUUUCCUCUUCUCUCCUCAGUUCUUACGCUUCACCGGGAAACGCCUGAAUCUGUUCCUUCUCGCCAAGAAUAUAAAAGCAGAGAGAUUGGGAAUGGCAAGCACAGUGGAUGCAAAGGGGGAUCCUAUCCCAACAUCUUCAGUUCUAAUGGCGGCUUCGAAACACAUAGAAACCAGAUGUAGAAGUGAGAAUGUGGCCUUUCUCAAGUGCAAAAAGGAGGAUCCCAACCCUGAAAAAUGCCUUGAGAAAGGCCGCCAAGUCACCUGCUGUGUCCUCGGCCUGUUGAAAGAUCUUCAUCAGAGGUGCACGAAAGAGUUGGAUGACUACGCGGGGUGCAUGUAUUAUAACACGAAUGAGUUUGAAUUCUGCCGCAAAGAGCAGAAGGAAUUCGAGAAGGCGUGCCCACUUUAAUAACAUGCUGAAACAACUCCGAGAUUCUGAUUCAUAAUAACCAAUGCACCUGCAACAGGCAGAUUGUGCUUUCAAAAACUCCUUUUAUUCAAUCUGUCUAGUGUUCUUUAUUACCCCUGGGUGGGUUUCUACUUUCAGCAGAACUACUUUUUUAUGAAAAAUCAAAUUUUUUGUUAUGUGAUGCAUUUGGAUCAUGAGCCCUAGUGUAAUUCAAAGCACCUGUUUAUCCCUCUUUUGUGCUGGUUUAUC